AUGAAUUUAAUAAUUAUCGGCAUCAUGCUAGUCACCUUUGCCUCAAGCGACGUGAUAAAACCACCCGUAUAUCCACUCAAAUGGGGCUGUGACAACUUUCAGGUCAAUGGUGUCGAUUUUUCUUUCCCUGGAUGUGAAGUUGAAUUUGAGGUCAACGACGUUCCAAAAGACACAAAAGAUUGCCCUAAAAAGAAACUGCGCCGAUGUUGUAACAUGCUUGCGUCGAAGGCAGUGUCAUAUGGAGGAGACUGCGUAAAUGCGCCGAAGCGCGGCCACAUCCAUCCCCCUGACCAAGAUUGA